AAACUCCCCAAAACUCCCUCUUAACCCCCUGGGACCCCCCAAACCCCCCAACCCCCCAGCAGCGCCAUGCUGAGCUGGCUGCGGCGGCAGCGCCCGUCGGCCUCUCCGGCCUCGCGGUGCCCGGGGCCGGUACCGGAGCCGUGCCCGGUGUCGGCGGCGCUGGCGGCGCUGUACCGGCAGAAGCUGCUGCCGGCCGAGGAGCUGUGCGGGCGCGCGGGGCUGCGCCGGCCGCCGCUGCUCGACGCCGACUUCCAGGCGCGGCCCUCGGUGCUGCUGCUGGGCCCCAGCGGCGCCGGCAAGAGCUCCAUGCUGCGGUACCUGCUGGAGGAGGCGCCGCCGGGACCCGCACCGGGGCCCGAACCGGGCGCCGAGGCCUUCGUGGCCGUCACGCACGGCCCCGAGCCCGCGCUGGUGCCGGGAAACGCCGCCGUGGUGGAUCCGCGCUGGCCCUUCCGGCAGCUGGAGGCGUUCGGGGGAGCCUUCCUCAACCGGUUCGUUUGUGCCACGCUGAACAAUCCGGUCCUGGAGAGCAUCACCCUGAUCGACACCCCCGGGAUCCUGGCGGGCACCAAGAACAGCAUCGGCCGGGGCUACGACUUCCCGGGGGUGCUGCGCUGGUUCGCGGAGCGCGCGGCGCUGGUGGUGCUGCUGUUCGACGCGCACCGCCUGGACGUGUCGGAGGAGCUGGCGGCGGCGCUGGCGGCGCUGCGGGGCCACGAGGAGAAGCUGCGCGUGGUGCUCAACAAGGCCGACGCCGUGGGGCCGCAGCAGCUGCUGCGCGUCUAUGGGGCGCUGCUGUGGGGCCUGGGCCGCGCCCUGGGCGCCCCCGAGGUGCCGCGGGUCUUCGUGGGCUCCUUCUGGGACCGGCCCCUGCGGCGCGACGAGCUGCGGCGGCUGCUGGAGCUGGAGGAGCAGGACCUGUUCCGCGAGAUCCAGGAGCUGCCGCGGCGCGCCGCCACCCGCAAGGUCAACGACCUGGUGAAACGGGCCAGGGCCGUGCAGGUGCAGGCGCUGGUGCUGCGGCGGCUGCGGCAGGAGCUGCCGGCGCUGCCGGGCGGGCGCAGGAGGCGCUUGGAGCAGCGGCUGCCGGCGCUGCUGGCCCGGAUCCAGAGCGAGCUGCAGAUCCCGACCGCCGACCUGCCCGACUGCGCCCAGAUCCAGGAGCAGCUGCUGGCCCGGGAUCUGCGGCGGCUGCCGCGGCCGAAGCGGCGGCUGCUGGCGGGGCUGGAGGAGCUGCUGGGCCGGGACCUGCCGGCGCUGAGCCCGCUGCUGGCCCGGGCGGCGCCCGCCCAGCCCGGCGUGCGCGGCGGCGCCUUCGACGGCGCCCUGGGGCCCUUCGGCCGCGAGGACGAGGACGACGAGGAGGAGGAGGACGAUGAAGACGACGAGGAGUGGGUGGUGAUGAAGGACAAGGCCAAGUACGACGAGAUCUUCUACGGGCUGGCGCCCAGCGGGGGCAAGCUGAGCGGGCGGCGCGCCAAGGGCUGGAUGGUGGCCAGCAACCUGCCCAGCUCGGUGCUGGGCCGCAUCUGGCAGCUCAGCGACGUGGACAGGGACGGCAUGCUGGACCACGAGGAGUUCGCGCUGGCCGGGCACCUGAUCGGGGCCAAGCUGGAGGGACGGGGGCUGCCAACCGACCUGCCCCCGCGCCUGGUGCCGCCCUCCAAGAGGAGGCACAAGGGGUCGGCUGAGUGACCCCAAAAUGCCAAAAAUCCACACGGGAAUAGCCAAAAACCCACCCAGAAAUCCACCCAGAAAUCCACCCAGAAAUAGCCAAAAACCCACCCAGAAAUCCACCCAGAAAUAGCCAAAAACCCACCCAGAAAUCCACCCAGAAAUCCACCCAGAAAUCCACCCAGAAAUCCACCCAGAAAUACCCAAAAAUCAGGGAUUCGCAGAUGCUGCUCUGCCUGGUGCCGCCCCUCCAAGAGGAGGCACAAGGGGUCGGCUGAGUGACCCCCAAAAUGCCAAAAAUCCACACGGGAAUAGCCAAAAACCCACCCAGAAAUCCACACAGAAACCCACCCAGAAAUAGCCAAAAACCUGCCCAAAAUCCGUCCAGAAAUACCCAAAAAUCAGGUGCCGCCCUCCAAGAGGAGGCACAAGGGGUCGGCUGAGUGACCCCCAAAAUGCCAAAAAUCCACACGAGAAUAGCCAAAACCCCACUCAGAAAUCCACCCAGAAACCCACCCAGAAAUCCAUCCAGAAACAGCCAAAAACCUGCCCAAAAUCCGUCCAGAAAUACCCAAAAAUCAGGGAUUGGCGGAUGCCCCCGCGCCUCGUGCCGCCCUCCAAGAGGAGGCACAAGGGGUCGGCUGAGUGACCCCAAAAAUGCCAAAAAUCCACAUGGGAAUAGCCAAAAACCCACUCAGAAAUCCACCCAGAAAUCCACCCAGAAAUCCACCCAGAAAUCCACCCAGAAAUCCACCCAGAAAUAGCCAAAAACCCACCCAGAAAUCCACCCAGAAAUAGCCAAAAACCUGCCCAAAAUCCGUCCAGAAAUACCCAAAAAUCAGGUGCCGCCCUCCAAGAGGAGGCACAAGGGGUCGGCUGAGUGACCCCAAAAUGGCAAAAAUCCACACGGGAAUAGCCAAAAACCCACCCAGAAAUCCACUCAGAAAUAGCCAAAAACCCACUCAGAAAUCCACCCAGAAAUAGCCAAAAACCCACCCAGAAAUCCACCCAGAAAUCCACCCAGAAAUAGCCAAAAACCUGCCUAAAAUCCGUCCAGAAAUACCCAGAAAUCAGGUGCCACCCUCCAAGAGGAGGCACAAGGGGUCGGCUGAGUGACCCCCAAAAUGCCAAAAAUCCACACGGGAAUAGCCAAAAACCCACCCAGAAAUCCACCCAGAAAUAGCCAAAAACCUGCCCAAAAUCCGUCCAGAAAUACCCAAAAAUCAGGGAUUCGCGGAUGCUGCCCUGCCUGGUGCUGCCCUCCAGGAGGAGGCACAUGGGGUCCACUGAGUGACCCCAAAAUAGCCAAAAAUCCACACGGGAAUAGCCAAAAACCCACUCAGAAAUCCACCCAGAAAUCCACCCCAAAAUCCGUCCAGAAAAAGCCAAAAAUCAGGGAUUCGCGGAUGCUGCCCUGCCUGGUGCUGCCCUCCAAGAGGAGGCACAAGGGGUCUGCUGAGUGACCCCAAAAUAGCCAAAAAUCCACCUAGAAAUAGCCAAAAAUCUACCCAGAAAAAGCCAAAAUCAGGGACCCCAAUAAAGGCAGAGCAGGGCUGGA